GGCCUUGAAAGUGAGAGUAAAAGUGCAAAUCGAAAUGAUCAUACCAAGGAGCUGCCUGUGUAGGCUGAUCUAUGUGCUGCUGCUACUGCAGCACAGUUGGGCCAUUAGAAUUGAGAAUACGUCGAGUUCGGUUGCGCCUGCAGGCUAUCGCGUCUCCCGGCCGGAGCCCAAGCAGCCUGCUCAGCGCGUGCCGCAACACCUGCAGGACAUACGUCCUGGCUAUGUGGACGACGAUGCUGGUGAUGUGAUACGCAUCAUUGAGCCUCCGCCACACUUUCAGCAGCUGAAGCGACUGCGCCAAAGGCAACCACUGCAGGCACCAGCAGCAGGUGUCGCGCCACCAAAGCCCAUUGUCUGGGAGCAGCCACGUAAGCUGAGCACCAAUCGUGGCGCCCCGCCGCAGCACAGAGUGAAGUCGCCUGAGGGCGACUUGCUGACACAGGAGACACAGUUGUCGUCGCAGCUCGCCAACAAUCUGCAGCUGCCCAUGGAAAUACUGGCCUCCGUGCGCAAGACGGAGCGGCUGUUGCAGCGGCAAAGGCAGCAUCAGCCACAACUGAGACAGCGUCACAUACAGCGCCAGACUCACACGCUCAUUGCACAAAAGUCGCUCGAGCAGCAGCUCUUUCAGCGUGGACAGCAGCAGCGACUGCGUGCUGCCCUGCUGCAGGAGCACAAGCGCAGCAAGCGAGUAAAGAGGCAAACGGAGACGAGCUCCAAUUCCAGCUACGAUGUGCCGCAUGGAUUGAAGCUAGUGGCGCACAUAGGUGAGCUGCUAAAGAAUGCGUCGCGCUUUGUGCCCGAUGAAGGGGAGCCGCAUGAGCUGGAAGCAAAGUCAAAGUCUACGCUCUGUGGAAAUGCAACCAACUGCGACAGUCGACGACGUCGCCAGCGGCUGUUCAGACUAAGCGCACAAAAAGACAAAAAGACAGCUGCCGGGGGGCGCAACUUCCGUCAUGAGGCAACCACAACAACAACAAAAGCAACAACAACAACAACAACAACAGCUGAAGCAAAGGUAACUUCGAACUUAACAACUUCCGCAACUCCAUUGGCCAGCCGCUUGGUGAACUCACGUAAAUCACCAAAUAACCGCAAUCAAAAGCAACUGGAAGUGGCUCGCCCACUUCAGCGCUCCUCUGACUCCGUGCUCUAUGCGGAUGUCAUGUCCACGAUACGCAAUUUGUGGCAGGAGCACGAUCUGGCAGCUGGGCCACAGUUCGUGCCCGCCGAGCAGGUGCACAACAACAGCGACUAUCGCGCUUUGGAUGUGUAUCUGAAGGAGUUAGAUGACAUCUCCAAGAAAUUGCCCACUGUUGCGCCCAUCACGGCGCUCAAUCAGGAGGAAUUCGUACCUGUUACGCCCACGCCCAACUGGUAUUUGAUCAACAAUGAGGGCUUGAUCUACGAGACGCGUUUGAAUAGCGAAACGAAGCCAACCGCGGCGCUGUUCCACCGGUUUCCCGAUAUGCCCAAGGCACAGGAGUCUCUAACGACGCUCGAUCUGGAAUAG